AUUUACUGCUCAACAGACGAAAUAUGUAUUGCAAGAAGAAAAUUAUAUUUAAAAAAAAACAAGAUAUUAAUAAAUAGCUAUUAUUUUGUACAUAAUAGAUUAAUAUAAAAGAGAAGAAGAAGUACGUUGAGUUAUAUAUAAGGUGUAGUGUGACUAAAAAAGUUACUAAUUCAGAUAUAUGAAUGAAUGAAUAUUUGUUACUUCAUAUUAGUCUCGUUAUUUCAGAGGAUACACCACAAAAAGAAAAAAAACAUGCACCAUAAAAAAGAAGAAGAGCCAUUAACAUUGAAAUAAAGUGACAACAAAGCCUCGAAACAUAAAUACUUGAGCUUAACGGUAAAAUCCUUAUGGUAUUGUUAGCAUGUUGCUCUCGUUUGCAUUUCAUUCUUCUUACAUUUUCAAGUGUUUUCUUUCUUAUGUUUGUACUCAGUAGGGUUUUCACCUUGUUCCUCAAACACCAGAUAAAUAUUCGGGUUCCAAAAUUGCACUUUAUACAUCAAUUCUAGGAUUGAAGUUAUGUAUACUUUUAUUUUGUUUCACAUUUGUGUUUUUGAUCAUUUUCAAAAUGGAAUCGCAACUGAGCUGCUCAAAACGAUAUUCUCUUAUAUUAUUGGAUUCAGAAAAAAAUUCGGAAUAUGGAUUCAUACUCAAUGAAGAAGAUAUAGUUACAAAGUAGUAUACGUAUUUUGUAAUCAAGUAAUCGCGUAUCUGGUAUUCCGAGAAUUGCAAUAGAUAACAAAAUAAUUUCUGCUUAUAUUUUGAAAUUUGACACUUGACAUAAAACUCAUCGAAAUUUGGAAAGAAAUUAAAAUAAAAUAAAUUGGCUAUGUUCAUCCGAACAAAUAUGUGGUUUCAUUUCAAUCAUUCAUUUUAAAAUUUCGUUGUUCAUAUCACUGAACUUAUGCAAUUCAUUAUACAUUUAUUUGACAUAUAUUAUUACACCCAUAGACAAAGUACUACUAUACAAUGCGAAACAUAUACUUUCAAUAUUGAGCAGUUGUAUACUGUAGCUUUCUUUGUAUCUCAUUCUAAUAUAGGAACACGAAUUCCAUCAAAUGCAUAGUUUAGUAUUACUAUGUUUAUACUUGCACCUUGAUCAAAAAGCAUCAAGUUUAGAUUUGUGCUCUUAAUAUAUAAUUGACUGGGAAAAUGAGACUUCACACAAAAAGUUGGUAACAUGCGUGUAAUUUUUGUUGGUAACACUUGCUUGCUCCAAAAAAAAAACGAUAUUUAUAUUUUCUCAAAUAGUGUUUUUGUUAUCAAUUGUAGGAAUUAAAACCAAUAUAAUGAUUAUGUUUCACUGUUUUUUUGGAAAAUAGAAGUUGAUAUCUAUACGUAAAUAUAUAAAAUAGAUAUUAAAUUCAAUUGGUGUCUCAUCAACGACACGUUAUCUAUACUACCUAGAUAUAUUCAGUAUCAACUUGGAAAUAAAUGGAAUUUGUGAUUCAAUAGGUGGAGUGUUAAUUGGACCAUCAGAAAAAUGUGUGAUAUAAACACCGGUUGUGCUGCACUAGAUCAAAAAGUAGCCGAAUGGCUAUUUUUCGACAAAAACGAAACUACUGCGAACGCUAUAAGAAGUCUUUUAGCCGGAAAGCAAUUCGAUGAAAUCAAUAAAUUACUAUGUAAACGAUUAACUUUUGGAACGGCGGGAUUAAGAGGAAAGAUGGGACCGGGAUACGCAUGUAUGAAUGAUUUGGUUAUCAUUCAAACAGCCCAAGGUUUUUUAAAGUAUUUAAUCAAAAGCGACGAGAAUUUAUUAAAAGAAAGCGGCAUUGUAGUAGGAUACGAUGGAAGACACAACAGUAGAAGAUGGGCUGAAUUGACUGCGGCAAUAUUUAUUCACGCUGGAUAUCCGGUUAAAUUAUUUAGUACAGUAUGUCCCACUCCGUUCGUUCCCUAUACCGUCAGACAAUUCAAAUGUGCUAGUGGCGUUAUGGUGACAGCAUCGCACAAUCCGAAAGACGAUAACGGUUAUAAAGUUUAUGGACCGAAUGGGGCUCAAAUAAUUUCGCCAGUCGACGAACAAGUUCAAGCGAGUAUUUUAGAGAAUUUGGUACCUUUAGAUACCUCGUGGGAUACGUCAAUUUUGUCGAGCAGUUCGUUAUUGAUGGAUCCGCUGGCAGAUAUUUUUUGUCGUUAUACCAACGUGAUAUACACAGAGAUAUCGGAAGAAAGUAAAAAUCUUAACAAAAAGAUGAAUCUGUUGUUUACUUAUACGCCUAUGCAUGGAGUAGGAUACAAGUUUAUCGAAAAAAUUUUCGAAGUGAUAAACGUGAAAUUUAACGUUGUCCAGGAACAAAAAGAUCCUCAUCCCGAUUUUCCGACUGUCAAGUUUCCAAAUCCCGAAGAGGGUAAAGAAAGUUUAGAUUUAUCAUUUAAAACUGCCGAUUCCAAUGGAAGUACGAUAAUUCUAGCUAAUGAUCCGGAUGCCGAUAGAUUAGCGGUAGCAGAAAAAAAUCCUCGAACUGGAAAUUGGAAAGUUUUCAAUGGUAACGAAACAGGAACAUUACUCGGGUGGUGGAUCCUCAACUCCUUCAAGAAAAAAAAUCCCGAUUUACCAUUGGAUAAGAUUUACAUGCUCUCUAGUACGGUUAGUUCUAUGAUAUUGAAAACCAUGAGCAAAAAAGAAGGUUUCAAAUUUUUAGAUACCUUAACGGGAUUCAAAUGGUUAGGAAAUAAGGCGUUGGAAUUAGAACAACAAGGAAACAAAGUUAUAUUCUGUUUCGAAGAAGCGAUCGGUUUUUUAGUUACGACAGAAAUUUUAGACAAGGAUGGUGUAUCGACGGCAGCCCAAGUAGCAACAAUGGCUUCCUAUAUUUAUAGUCAAAAUAAAACUUUGGAUGAUCAACUUAAUGAAAUUUUCGAUACUUAUGGUCUUCAUAUUUCUUGUAAUUCUUACUAUAUUUGCCACGAACCUGCCAUUAUCAAAGAAAUAUUUACUCAAAUUAGAAAUGCGAAAGGAAAAGAUACAUAUCCACAAUCAAUUUUGAAUGGUAAAUACAAAAUAACGUCAGUUCGGGAUUUAACUACAGGGUACGAUAAUAAUCAACCAGAUAAUAAGGCGAUUUUACCAGUAUCUGCAGCUAGUGAGAUGAUAACUUUUAAUUUCGAAAACGGUUUAGUGUGUACUUUAAGGACCAGUGGAACUGAACCGAAAAUUAAAUAUUAUACGGAGAUGUGUGCGACGCCCGAAAUUAAGGAUAAACAACAACUGAUAAACAUUCAACAGGAAAUGGUGAAAGCGAUUUGCGAAGAAAUGUUGCAACCUAGUAAAUACAAUCUUAAACCGCAAGGUUCCUAAUUCAUUAACUUCACGAAAUAAUAAAAUGUAAUGGAAAAUCUA